UGACCGGGUCCAAGCAGUCAUACAAACACAAACACAAACACUCAUCUCAGACAUCAUGUACGUGAGUUCCUCGGGAACUGAGAAUGUGUCCCUGUCUCUUUCGUUUCUGGGGAAGACGGUAGGGAGGCACUGCUCUGUUGCCCCUUCAUCAAAACAACGCGCUUGGGAGACGACCACCCGGUUGCCAUAUCCUGAGGUGACAGUGAGGUCCUCGCGGGUGGACAACGCCCCCUUGGCAGUGUCAGUUCUGGAGGAGUUACCUGGGAGUGUCCCUGACCUGAGGGAGGAGGCCAAGCACCACCAGCCAUGCCCGGUAGUACACAGCACACACCUGGACCAGGAGCUGGACACAGGUAAAAUUCGGGUGUUCUGCCGGAUACGGCCCAUGAGCCGCACCGAGGCAGCUCAGGGAGGGGCCAUCGCCGUGGGGCGUCUGGACGAUUACUCUGUUACCGUGGAAACCUCAAGGGGGCCGAGAGAGUUCCAGUUCGACCGGGUAUUCAGUGGCGAGAGCUCCCAGGAAGAUGUGUUCCAAGACACCAACAGGCUGAUCCAGUCAGCCAUCGACGGCUUCAAUGUGUGUAUCUUCGCGUACGGUCAGACAGGCUCCGGAAAGACCUUCACCAUGGUGGGUGACAGAGACCAGAGAAGCCCAGGCAUCAUGCCUAGAGCGUUCAAUGCCGUAUUUGACAUCCUCCAGGAGUAUGCCACCAAGUUUGACUUCAAGGUCUCGGUCUAUAUGUUGGAACUGUAUAAUGACCGGCUCCAGGACCUCUUUGUGAGCGGGGCCGAGGCCCAGAGCAGGAGGGUGGAGAUUAAAAGGAACAGAAAGGGGCUUGUGUUUGCCCAGGGAGCAGAGACAAAGGAGGCCUCCAGCGCCGGGGAGCUCUUCGCCAUGUUUCAGCAGGCUUGCGCCAACCGCCAUAACGCAGCCACCAAGAUGAACGUGGAGAGCUCUCGUUCCCACCUGAUCAUUGGGAUCAUGGUGGAGAGCAGGAAUCUGACCAAUGGGAGUGUGAGCUUUGGGAAGUUGAGUCUGGUGGAUCUGGCAGGGAGCGAGAGAGCAGCCAAGACUGGGGCAAAAGACGACCAGCUCAAGGAGGCUAACUCCAUUAACAAGUCUCUGAGUGCUCUGGGAGAUGUGAUCUCUGCCCUGUCCUCGGACUUGCCACAUAUCCCCUACAGGAACAGCAAGCUCACCCAGAUCAUGCAGGACUCGCUGGGCGGCAAUGCCAAGACGCUCAUGGUCGUUAACGUCUCGCCUUCUGACUGCAACCUGGACGAGACGCUCACCUCUCUAAUUUAUGCCACUCGAGUAAAGACCAUAACCAACAUUGCACAAAGAAACCUGGAGAGUAAAGAGAUAUCCCAGCUCAAAGAGGUGAUCAUGAAGUUGAAGUCAGGACAGCCAGUGGAGGAUGAGGAGGUCUAAUUCCAGGCUGUGGGAAUUGGAUCUACAGUGCUUUCAGAAAGUAUUCAUACCCCUUGACUUAUUCCACAUUUUGUUGUUAUAGCCUGAGUUUAA